AUGAGUGACGCAUACGAGCGCGAGCAGCAGAACAAUGCUCUUCUCAACUCUCUAUCCUCCAAAGUUUCCGCCCUCCGCUCCGUGACGAUCGAUAUUCAUGACAAUGCGCGCGACCAGGAUACUCUUGACCACACGAGCGACGUGUUCUCUUCAUUCUCCACGAACCUGAAAGGCAGCGCAUCUCGACUCACGCGCAUGGCGAAGCAAGGCGACACGGUUGCGGUGUUGAAGAUCGCGGGAAUUUGCAUCGCUGCAGGCUUCCUGCUCUAUAUCAUUCUCGGGUGGAUCUUCUGA